AUGGAAGAUAUAGAGAGUAUUUAUAAUAAAAAACAAAAGAUCUCACGUAUAGAUUGGUCAGUAGUAACAAUAUCUCGAUUUUUAUUUCGUAUAUCUUAUAUUGGUACGAAUUAUUAUGGUAUGGCAUAUCAAAAUGAAACAAUUCCAACAAUUGAAAGGGAAUUUUAUAAUGCAUGUUUAAGAUUAAAAUUAAUAAAGAAUAGAGAAGAUUGUGAUUUAAUACGAUGUGGAAGAACUGAUAAAGGUGUACAUUCUACUGGUAAUUAUAUUUCUAUAAAUUUACGAACAAGAGAUACAUCCCCAUACAAUUAUCAAGAAAUGAUUAAUGGUGUAUUACCAUGGGAUAUCAGAAUUUUAGGAUUUUGUCAAGUUAAUAAUAACUUUAGUGCUAGAUUUGAUUGUGAUUCAAGAGUUUACAAAUAUAUAUUUCCAAUAGAUCAAAUACAAAAUUUUGAACAUAAUUAUUUUCCGAAAUUAAAUAUUAAUCAUAUAGAUCAGAUGAAUAAAUCAUGCAAACAAUUUAUUGGAACUCAUGAUUUUAGAGUAUUUUGCAAAAUGGAUAUAAAGAAUCGUCCAAAUCAGACAUAUGUAAGAACUAUUUAUGAUUUUAGAGUUGAAGUAUUUAAUAAUAAUAAGAUUUCAUCUUCUAGUUUUGAUAAUUCAAUUAAUGAUACAAAAUUAGGAGUUAUAACUAUAAUAGGUUCAGCUUUUCUUUGGCAUCAAGUAAGAUUAAUGGUAGGUAUUUUGUUUGAAAUAUCACUUGGUAAAAUUAGAUCUGAAUGUAUAACCAAAUUAUUAGAUAAUUAUUUUGAUAAAGAUGAGAUACCUUUUUUUCCAAUGGCUUCUGAAAUUGGACUUAUUUUAUGGGAUUGUAAUUUUAAAGAAUAUAAAAUACCUGCAGAAGUUAAUUUAAAAAUAUUUGCAUCAUUAUUUUCUGAAAUAGCAAAGAUGAAAUUUAGAACGUCACUUUAUAACUUUAUGAUUAAUAAUAUAGAAUAA